AUACCCGCAGUCACCGGUGGCCGGCGCAGUACUGGAAGGACGCGUCCGUUGCUGAGUGGGCUGCGGAAUUCGGCGGAGAGAAACAGAUGAUGUCAACCUUCGGUCACAUCAAUGACGUCGUCGGCAUGAGAGCUCCCUAUCUACAGAUGGGAGGCGAUAGGCAAUUUGAAAUGAUGUCCGAAAACGGAUACACGUGGGACGCCAGCUGGUCAACGAACAUGAACGAUCCGCCGCUCUGGCCAUUCACGCUGGACUAUGCUGCUAAGAUAGACUGCUCCGUGCCACCUUGCCCCGUGCACAGCCACCCAGGCAUCUGGGAGGUACCACUAGUGAAUUGGCUGGACACCAACGAUACGCUGUGUGCCGAGGUCGACAACUGUUACCUGCCCAACGACAAGGAAGAAGCUCUUCAACUCUUCCGCCAGAACUUCCGCCGGCACUACGAACAGAACCGAGCGCCAUUUGGCAUCCACCUGCGUGCGCGCUGGUUCUAUUCCGCUCACUACAAUCUGGAAGCCCUGCAAGAAUUCCUCGCAGAACUAGAACAACUCAAUGACGUAUGGCUCGUCACGAUCAGUGACGUCAUACGCUGGAUGCGUAACCCCGUGCCGAACUCUCGCGCAGAGGAAUUCUUCGAUUGCGAUUUCACGAACAGGUUGCCAGCCUGCCUCGGUAGUCUACUGUGCGAGUAUAUGAACGUGACGCACAUGCCAAACAGUGAGGAUCACCCCGGUGACCGGUUCCUACACACGUGCGCCGACCAGUGCCCGGAUGUUUACCCGUGGCUAGGAAACCCAACGGGAAGCGCCAAUCCCUAAGUAUUGUGUAAGAUUGUGUAAGAUAUACCCGCAGGGCGAAAGUGAAUAUAAUCCGUAUGAUAUAUAUUAGUGAGAGACGUAGUGCAUUUCGUAUGAUAUAUAUAUAUAUAUAUAUGUAUAUAUACAGGGGCG